UUUACUGGUGAAUCAAAAACGUGUCGGCAGUAAAGAAGUGAGUUGAGUCAAUUCUCUUAUCUGACGAAAUUUGGUUUUAUUAUUGUUAUUUCAAUUCUUGUUGAAAUUUGUUGAAUUCAUUACUAUAUAAACACGCUACUGCAGCAGCAUCAAAAUGAAAUUUUUAACUGCUAAAGAAGUGCGUGAAACUUAUUUGAAUUUCUUCAAGGAAAAGGAGCACAUUUAUGUGCAUUCCUCCAGUACUAUACCAUUAGAUGAUCCCACAUUACUUUUCGCAAAUGCUGGUAUGAAUCAAUUCAAGCCCAUCUUUUUGGGAACUGCUGAUCCCAACAGUGAGAUGGCAAAAUGGGUUAGAGUAGCUAAUACACAAAAAUGUAUACGUGCUGGCGGUAAACAUAAUGAUCUUGAUGAUGUCGGCAAGGAUGUGUACCAUCAUACAUUUUUCGAAAUGUUGGGUAACUGGUCAUUUGGCGAUUACUUCAAAAAAGAGAUAUGUGCUUGGGCAUGGGAGUUUUUGACAGUUCGUUUAGGUUUGCCCGGAGAACGUUUGUAUGUAACAUAUUUUGGCGGUGAUAAAGCAAGUGGGUUAGAUCCUGAUUUAGAAUGCAAACAAAUCUGGUUAGAUUUGGGCUUAAAACCAGAACAUAUAUUACCCGGUAGCAUGAAGGAUAACUUUUGGGAAAUGGGUGAAACCGGCCCUUGUGGUCCCUGUUCUGAAUUGCAUUUUGAUCGCAUUGGUGGUCGAAGUGUGCCCGAAUUGGUUAACAUGGAUGAUCCCGAUGUGUUGGAAAUUUGGAAUUUAGUGUUUAUACAAUAUAAUCGUGAACAGGAUGGCAGUCUAAAACUGUUGCCGAAGAAGCACAUUGACUGCGGCAUGGGCUAUGAGCGACUUGUUUCUGUAAUACAAAAUAAACGUUCGAACUAUGAUACCGAUCUUUUUGUGCCAUUGUUUGAGGCUAUACAAGCUGGUACGGGUGCACCUGCUUAUAAGGGACGCAUUGGUGCAGAUGAUGCUGAUGGCAUUGAUAUGGCAUACCGUGUAUUAGCUGAUCAUGCCAGAACAAUCACUAUUGCGCUAGCAGAUGGUGGCACACCUGAUAACACUGGUCGUGGUUACGUACUAAGACGCAUAUUACGUCGUGCUGUUAGGUAUGCCACAGAGAAACUGAAUGCAAAGCCUGGAUUUUUCUCAACAUUAGUCAAUACCGUUGUUGAGUUGCUAGGUGAUGCUUUCCCUGAAGUCUCGAAAGAUCCACAACAUAUCAUUGAUAUUAUAAACGAAGAAGAGCAACAGUUUUUGAAAACUCUAACUAGAGGAAGAAAUCUUUUAAACCGCACCAUUGCAAAGUUAGGAGAUCAAAAAAUAAUACCAGGUGAUGUAGCCUGGCGCUUAUAUGAUACUUAUGGUUUUCCUGUAGAUUUAACGCAAUUGAUGGCUGAAGAGAAAAAUCUUGAAAUCGAUAUGACUGAGUAUGAACAAGCCAAGCAAAAUUCAUACAUUCUAUCUCAAGGUAAAGGUGCUAGUAAAAUUGAUGAAAUCAAUUUAGAUGUCCAUGCAAUAUCUGAAUUGCAAUCUAAAGGGAUACCAACAACCGAUGACUCCUAUAAAUAUAAAUAUGAAGCUGCAUCGGAUGAACGUGAGGCUGCUUAUAGCUUUGCACCAUGCACUGGUAAAAUAGUAGCACUACGUUUUGAAAAUAAGUUUGUAAACGAAGUAACCGCUGGACAAAAGGCUGGAAUAAUAUUGGAUAAAACCAAUUUCUAUGCUGAAAGCGGUGGACAGAUAUUCGAUCAAGGUGCACUAGUUAAAAUUAAUGAUGAAGCAAAUGAAUUUUUGGUGGAUCGAGUUUAUAAUCGUGGUGGUUAUAUACUACAUAUUGGUGUCGUAGAAGGUAUCCUAACUGUGGGUGAUGAAUUGAAUUUACAAAUCGAUGUUGAAAGACGUUCGUUAACAAUGAAGAAUCAUUCCGCCACUCAUGCAUUAAAUCACUGCCUUUUACAAGUACUUGGCAAGGAUACCGAUCAAAAAGGUUCACUUGUUGUGCCUGAAAAAUUAAGAUUUGAUUUCAACAGUAAAGCUGCUAUGACAAUCGAGCAAGUAGCCAAAACAGAACAGUUAACACGUGAUUUGGUAUAUAAAAAUGUACCUAUUUAUGCUAAAGAAUCCACACUUGCUGUUGCAAAAACCAUUCGUGGUUUAAGAUCUGUUUUUGACGAAGUUUAUCCAGACCCUGUACGUGUUAUAUCAUUUGGCGUGCCGGUGGAGGAGCUAGAGAAGAAUCCUGAUGCGGAGGCUGGUGAACAAACAUCGGUAGAAUUUUGUGGUGGCACUCAUUUACGUCGUUCUGGACACAUUGUAGACUUUGUAAUAAGUAGCGAAGAGGCUAUUGCCAAAGGCAUACGUCGCAUUGUUGCACUUACCGGCCCUGAAGCUGUAAAAGCACUCAAGAAAUGCGAAGCAUUUGAAAAAGAAAUUAAAACACUGCAAAAUACAAUCGAACAAGAUAAAGAAGGCAAGAACUCCAAAAUGUUUGUUAAACAAAUUGUGGAGCUGACUGAAAACAUUUCGCAUGCUACAAUUGCGCAUGUGAAAAAGGAUGAAAUGCGUACUGUACUUAAACAACUCAAGAAGACUUUGGACGAUAAGGAACGUGCUGCAAAAGCAGCUGUAGCAGUUACAGUAGUGGAAAAGGCUAAAGAAAUCUGUCAAGCUCAACUUAAUGCACCCAUAUUGGUAAAACAACUAGACGCCUUUAAUAAUACAAAGGCGCUUGAUUCUGCACUCAAACAAGUGCGUACACUCAGUCCGGAAACUGCUGCCAUGUUUGUAUCUGUUGAUACAGAUUCCAAGAAGAUUUUCUGUUUAUCUUCGGUACCGAAAAAUGCUAUCGACAAAGGUCUCAAAGCCAAUGAAUGGGUGCAACACAUUUCAGAAGUGCUUGGCGGUAAAGGUGGUGGUAAAGCUGAAUCUGCACAAGCUUCAGGUCCCAACUAUGAAAAAGUUGAUGAAAUAUUGGAAUUAGCUACUUCUUUUGCAAAGACUAAGCUAAAUGUUUAGUUAUGCUUAGCAAAACUAAAUGUUAUGACGUCAUUAAAAUCCAUCGAAAGCAUUUAAAAACAUUUAAUUUAUCACAGUGUCAACACUCGCACGCUUGGCCAUUAAAAUUUGCUGAACUGAGCUACUGCGUUCAAAACAAAAAUGCUCAUAUUUAACUAUAAUAUUUUGAUAUAAAAAUACGAAAAAAAAUUUGAAUUACGUUUUACACAAAUUGUAUUGGAUUGCUAUUAUUUAUUAAAAUGUUUACUUUUAUUUAAAA